GCUGGAGCUGCAGUGGGAAACAGCGGGCGAGUUGAGUUGAGUUGAGUUUCCGAGCUUCAGUUUGUACCGGUUUGUACGUACCCUUUUCAAUAAUUCCUGCUCAUUUGAACAAUUGAACAACGUCCUUUACUACUUCUGUAUCAACUGUUCUAUACCAAUUCGAACCCACAAUCCGACACUCGAGAGUCCCCUUACCUUACUAUAAUUCGAGUUAAUCUCAACUUGCAUCUCGAGCACACGCCGGUCAAUAUGGCUUCGCAGAAGCCGUCUGUGAAGGAAGCGCAAUCGCUUGCCAGCUCCGACCCGCGAAAAGCUGAAGCUAUCUACAAAGACAUCAUAUCCAAACCUCCCUCUGUUACUUCAGAUGCAGCAAUAAAGGAAUACGAGUCCGCCUUGAUAAGUCUAGGAGAGCUGUACCGGGAUGAGAAGAAACCCAAGGAACUCGUCGACCUUAUUACCACGAGCAGAACCGUCCUUUCGAGCUUCGCAAAGGCUAAGACGGCCAAGUUGGUCCGUCAGCUGCUCGAUCUCUUCGAAGCCAUCCCAAACACAACCGACAUCCAGAUCGCCGUCACCAAGUCAUGUAUAGAAUGGGCCACCUCCGAGAGGCGGAGCUUCCUACGCCAGAACCUCGAGACCAGACUCGUUACCCUGUAUAUGGCUAAGCAAGCAUACUACGAUGCCCUUACCCUUAUCAACGGUCUCUUGCGGGAGCUGAAGCGUCUGGACGAUAAGUUAGUAUUGGUAGAGGUUCAACUAUUGGAAUCUAGAGUAUACCAUGCCCUCGGCAACAACUCCAAGGCUCGUGCCGCUCUCACCAGCGCGAGGACGAGCGCCGCCUCGGUUUACACGCCUCCCUUACUCCAAGCGAACCUAGACAUGCAGUCGGGUAUGCUACACACCAUGGACCAGGACUUCAACACGGCCUUCUCUUACUUCAUCGAGGCACUUGACGGCUACCACACGCAGGACGAGCCAGCUAAGGCCACCGCCGCGCUGCAGUACAUGCUGCUCUGCAAGAUUAUGCUUAACCUCGUCGACGACGUCAACAACCUGAUGGCGUCCAAGCAGGCGCAGAAGUACGCGGGCCAGAACCUCGAGGCCAUGAAGGCUAUCGCGCGCGCGCACUCGAACCGGUCUCUGGAAGAAUACGAACGUGCCCUGUCCACGUACCGCUACGAGCUCGGCAGCGACGCCUUCAUCCGCAACCACCUGCGUCGCCUCUACGACGCUAUGCUCGAGCAGAACCUGAUCAAGGUCAUUGAGCCCUUUAGCCGCGUCGAGAUCGCCCACAUCGCUAAGAUGGUCGGCCUCGACACUCAGCAGGUUGAGCGCAAGCUCUCCCAGAUGAUCCUCGACAAGGUGAUCAUCGGUGUGCUUGACCAGGGCGCCGGGUGCUUGAUUAUUUUCGACGAGACGCAGCGUGAUGAGUCUUACGAUGCGGCUCUCCAGACCAUUGAAAAGCUGAGCAAUGUCGUGGAUGUCCUGUACACGAACCAGGCUUCGAUGCUGGAGUAGACCUGUGAAGGGAGAGGUUUUACGAAUGUGAAUUAGGCAAAUAAGAAAGUCUUCUUCGUGCAUCUAACGCCGAAGGAGGCGAAUGAAAGCUCGGCCGGUGUAAUAUUACUAGGUAGAGAAAGUAUUAGGCCAAGGCCCCGGCGUCGAUGAAGACGGCGUUGCGGCUUCUCUGGCACUCGUACAUAUAUCAACAUGAACUUGUGUCAAUUUACGUGUAUGCGUGCUGUCUGUCUUAUCACUCGCCUUAUUGUUUUCUUCGCCCCUUGGUAACACUGGAAUAUUCGAAGAUAAUCUUGGUCAACCUUGCUUUUCCAUAAACGUAGCAGAUAUGUAUAGAUACGUAAGGUAAAUGUCCAAUUACGAGGUGCAAUGAAGAUGAAUAGAAGGGUAUCUAAUUAAUACAAUCUCACUGCCUAUACAUUUGCCAAUCCUCCUUUUCCGCAUCCUAACGCCUCCCGAAUGCAAGUAUAUGGUAUAGCAUGUAUGCUUGCCCGCCCGUCCGCCUGCCUGCCUGCCUGGGCCUAGAACGCCGGCUAUGCAUACAUACAUCCAAGGUUGGGCUAUGUACAGAGAUAAACCAACGGUAUAAGAGGUAAGUAAUAAUACUCCGCCAAUGUGAUGUGAUGCGAUAUGAUGCGAUGCGAUGCGAUGCGAUGCGAUCUAACAUGCUCGCCCCCCUGAGAUAAAGUAACCAGACCGGACCAAGUGCUAAUCCCA